AAAAAAUUUAGUAUCAUUUCACUUGUCAGUUGGUUCAUUAUUUUAUGUUCGUCUGCAGCCAUGUUCUUCCAAAUAAGUGUUUUAUUAUUGAUUCCCCAUUUGCUUUUAGCAGAUUCCAGUUCUGCUAACUUGAGUAGAAUUGGCACUAAACCAACAUCCUGUCCCUUGAACGAAGUUCCAUCAGACUGCAUAGAAUACUGUCUACCAACUUGUGAGCAACCCAAACAACCUCCCUGUACAUAUACCACUUGUUUCGGAGGAUGUAUGUGUAAAGAAGGAUAUAUUAGAGUAAAAGAGGGAGCAAAGUGUGUACCUAUUAAAAGUUGCGUGGAACCAGGUGAAAUAAGUAGAAACUAUACAGCACCUUGCAAAGAAAACGAAGAAAUCCAGGAGUGCGUGGCUUGUGAAGCCACCUGUGCAUAUAUCGACGAUCCUGUAGCGUGCUUGUUGUUGUGGUGUCCAAAAGCAUGCGCUUGCAAAUCAGGUUUUAUCAGGAAAGAAGAUGGAGGAGAUUGCAUUUCUGAAAGCGAAUGCAGGCGAUCUCAAACAUAGAUUAAUUAUCUUAGUUUUAACGGUUUUUUUUUCAAAUAUUUAGUAACAAAAUUUGUUUCAGUUGUUAAUAUAGAACAUUAUAUCAAAAUCCUGUAAAAUA